UUCCUCCAUUUCUUCUCCCCCUCUCUCAGCUGCUUAUUCUCUGCUGCUCCUCUUAAACUCCCCUAACAUAAUACUUAGGACAUUAAACCCGCUACAAAUUUCAACUUUCCCCCCCCUCCCGCUCUUCCACAUCUGCUUUGGACUGGAGAUGUCAAUCUGUUCUCUGAGAGCUGGUCAGCAGUAGAGGCCCUUCGCAGCGCUCCACGUGUUCCAACAUUUCCUCUUCACUUCAACGUUCAAAGACAAGUCUUUCAUUCAGCCAAAACCCCAUCAACCACAGCAAGUAAAGCAAAAUGGAGCUUCAAAAGAUGAACGGACACAGCAGAGACGAUGGGUUCGAUGCAGUCGAAGCCAUUGAAGAAAACACCGAGUUUCUUCCACAUAAAGCUGGUGCAAAGAAAGAAGUUCACUUCACAGAUUUUGAGGGAAAGACUUCAUUCGGCAUGUCCAUCUUCAACCUGAGUAACGCCAUCAUGGGCAGUGGAAUCCUGGGACUGGCUUACGCAAUGGCCAACACAGGAAUCGUUCUGUUUCUAAUCCUGUUACUGUGCAUCGCUAUUCUGUCUGCAUAUUCCAUUCAUCUCCUGCUAAAAAGUGCUGGAGUCGUAGGUAUCCGUGCGUAUGAGCAGCUAGGGAAUCGUGCUUUUGGGCACCCGGGAAAAGUGCUGGCCGCCCUCAUCAUCACCAUGCACAAUAUUGGAGCAAUGUCCAGUUAUCUCUACAUUGUAAAGUCAGAGCUCCCCCUGGUCAUUCAAGCUUUCCUUGGCAAACAUGAAAAUACAGGCGAGUGGUUCUUGAAUGGAAACUACUUGAUAAUCAUUGUUAGUGCCGCCAUCAUUCUUCCCCUUGCACUCAUGAAACAGCUCGGGUACCUUGGCUAUACAAGUGGUUUCUCUCUCUCCUGCAUGGUGUUUUUCCUCAUUUCAGUUGUCUACAAGAAAUUCAGCCUCUCCUGCUUGUAUGAUCCCAACAACAACACGACCGCUCCUCAUGAUAAAUUACUAGGCUUUAAUCGGACAGAUUUAACCUGCGAUGCCAAACUGUUUACCAUCAACUCAGAGGCAGCGUACACUAUCCCGAUCAUAGCCUUCGCUUUCGUCUGCCACCCGGAGGUGCUGCCGAUCUACACAGAGUUACGGAAUGCCAACAAGAAGCGCAUGCAGGCUGUUGCCAACAUCUCCAUCCUGGCCAUGUUUGUCAUGUACCUGCUGACUGCUCUUUUUGGUUAUCUCACCUUUUAUGCUGCCGUAGAGGCAGAGCUGCUUCACACCUACAGUCGUGUCGACCCCCUGGACGUCCUGAUUCUCUGUGUGCGUCUGGCUGUGCUGGUGGCCGUCACUCUGACUGUCCCUGUGGUUCUGUUCCCGAUUCGCAGAGCACUGCUCCAGAUCUUCUUCCCUGAAAAGCCUUUCCACUGGGCCAGACACUUCGUCAUUGCAUUCUGUCUCAUUUUCGUGGUCAACUUGCUUGUUAUAUUUGUCCCUUCCAUCAAGGACAUCUUUGGCGUCAUCGGAGCCACAUCUGCCCCCAGUCUCAUUUUCAUACUACCUGCAAUCUUCUACAUCCGCAUUGUUCCUGAAGAUGUGGAGCCUUUGAAGUCAAAACCUAAGAUUCAGGCCGCAUGCUUUGCAGCGUUAGGAUUCAUCUUCAUGAUCAUGAGCUUGUCAUUUAUAUUCAUCGACUGGAGUACCGGAAAGUCCGGAAGCAUAGGUGGCCACUAGCUGGGCGCUCGCUGCUGUGACUGAACAAAGGUAUUACAAACAGAAUGUCGACCAAAAACUCUCCCAGUAAUUAUCCCGAUCAGCUGAGAUCCCGUCCAAAGUCUGGAGUUUUCCAACGAAGAAAGCGUCGAAAUAAGGGAAAUGUUUUGACGUGCGAUGGGACAAGAAAAUGUCCUGUCGCGGAGGAGGGAACACGGGACGGCUUGGAACGGGUUCUGACCGAGUCCGCCCUGCCACAGCUCAAACUGAGGGUGAAGAUGGCAGCAGAUGAGAAGAGCAUGACUAAAAUGGAAAUCCCAUUUCAGUCUUCCAUGGAAUAGUUCAGUCACUGCCUACAUCCCUCCAUUGUACUUCCCUAAUAAUUCAGAUUACUUUUUUUUUUUCAUCAAACAAAACUUAAAUUCCCCUAAAUUUGUCCAACAAAAUAUAAAAAAAACAAUGGAUGUAUUUCCACAGAGAUUGUUAUAUUUGGUAAAGAAACAACUUGGUAUGAAGUGAAGUUCAACUAAUGUGAUAUCAGUUUUUGUCUCUGAUUGUGACGGAUAUAAAAAAAAUAUAAAAAAAAUUGCAUUCUUUCAGGCAGAAUCUGAGGUGACCAACACAUCCGGUGCAAUAUGCAGGAUUUUGCUGCUGUUCAGACAGUUUGCUGACAAUCACAUGAGCCAAAUCGCAGAAAGGGUUUUUUUGCACAAGAAAAGUAAUGUUUUUAUAUUAGUUUAGCUGCAAACCAAAGAGUGUAUUUAUUCAGUUACACUGACCGAGAACUUACCUCUUUUUAAUUUAUCACGUAAAGUGUGCUAAAGUAGAGCCUUAAAACAUCCAGUGUUACAAAGCAUGUUUCAUCUCUUUGAGAAAUGUUUCAGUAUGUUACCCAUCGACAAGGUGAAAAUAAAUGUCUUUCUGUGAAAUUGGACCAAAACAUCUGUUACCUUUGUUAAACAACCUGUUCAUUUUCCGACUGGUUUGACUGACAUAUUGCAAUAAAAUAUGUUUUGUUUCUACAA